UGUUUUCACAAAUUUAUUUUGCAAGUGCAAUGUUUGCUUAUACCUCUUACCCUCCUCUUCUAACCGCAGGCACAGCUGCUGCCGCUUUUCCAUCGAUUAGUAUGACAACGAGCUGCGGUAUGUCACACAUCACUUGGAGCUGCAUCAGCCUCUGGCUUGCCACUUUGCCACUGCUAAUGACUGCACAGCCACUCGUCGAUUUGGCACGCAAUUUCGAGACGUCGCUACUCAAUACGCGCCUACCCGAUACUCGAACGUUCGAGGAGGCUUAUGAUUUCAUAAUUAUCGGCGCUGGCUCGGGUGGCUGUGUUGUUGCCAAUAGACUAAGUGAGAUCAGCAACGCGACGGUGCUGUUGCUGGAGGCGGGUGAUCAGGAAACGUUCUUGAGUGACGUCCCCCUCACCGCCGCGCUCACCCAAAUGACACGCUACAAUUGGGGUUACAAGUCUGAUCCGACACCAAAUGCUUGCCAGGGUCUGAAAGGUGGCGUCUGCAAUUGGCCGAAAGGACGUGGCAUUGGCGGUACAAGUCUCAUAAAUUUCAUGCUUUACACUCGUGGCCAUCGCAAAGACUAUGAUCACUGGGCUGCACUUGGCAAUAACGGUUGGAGUUAUAAGGAGGUGUUGCCAUAUUUCAAAAAAUCGGAAAAUAUUGGCAUCGAAGAAUUGCGCAAGUCGCCGUACCACGGACGCAACGGUCCACUCGAUGUCAGCUACACCGACUUCAAGUCAAGCAUACUAAAAGCCUUUCUGAAAUCAAGUCGCGAAAUGGGUUACGAAAUCACGGAUACAAAUGGUGAGCAGUUGAUGGGAUUUGCGCGUGCACAAGCAAAUCUACGCAAUGGCCGACGUUGCAGCACAAGUAAAGCAUUCAUAAGACCCAUUGCUGCGCGACCAAAUUUACACAUUUCAAUGAAGUCUUGGGUAACGCGUAUACUUGUGGAUCCGGUGAGUAAGGUAGCCACUGGUGUGGAGUUUGUGAAGCAACAUCAGCGUUAUAUAGUGAAGGCCCGAAAGGAGGUGAUACUCUCAGCGGGCACCAUCGCCUCGCCGCAGUUGCUGAUGUUAUCUGGUAUAGGACCGCGUGAGCAUUUGGCAGAGCUAGGCAUUCCCGUAAUGCGUGACUUGCAAGUGGGCUAUAACCUACAAGAUCACGUGACGCUGAAUGGUCUGGUAUUUACGGUGAAUGACACGAAGACUUUAAAUGAUCGCCGUCUAAUGAAUCCUACUGACAUACUACACUAUAUUUUGGAGGGUAGAGGACCUUAUACAAUACCCGGUGGUGCUGAAGGCUUCGCUUUCGUGCGUACGCCAAACUCGACAGUUGAUAAGGACUACGCCGAUAUGGAGAUUGUUUUGGGUGCCGGCUCGCUGAGUGGUGAUCAUAUGGGUUCCUUGCGUGAUUUACUCGGGAUGCCCGAUGAAUUUUACUAUAAAGUGUAUGAAGGUCUCCACGAAAAGGAAACCUUUGGUCUGGUGCCGGUUCUGCUGCGCCCCAGCAGUAGAGGUCGCAUAUCCUUGCGCAGUACAAAUCCUUUUCAUUGGCCACGCAUGGAGCCAAACUAUAUGCAAGAUCCCGAUGAUAUACGUGCCAUGUUGGAGGGUGUACAAAUGAUUUUUCAAAUCACACAAACAAAAGCUAUGCGUCGCCUUGGUACCACAUUCAAUGCGAAACCGUUCCUGGGCUGUGAGCAUCUGACCUUUCACAGUAAGGCUUAUUGGAAAUGCUGUCUGCGUCGUUAUGGCUCCAGUCUGCAACAUCAGGCGGGCACUUGUAAAAUGGGUCCUCCAUCAGAUGCUGCUGCAGUAGUGGACCCACAGUUACAUGUGCACGGCAUAAAACAUCUGCGUGUGGUCGAUGCUUCCAUUAUGCCCACCAUACCGGCUGGACAUACGAACGCUAUUGUGAUUAUGAUUGCAGAGAAGGCGGCCGAUAUGAUAAAGAAUUCUUGGCGUAUGCGGUACUAAGAUGCAACUGUAUUUGUCGUAAUGUAAAGAUUUAAUUUAUUAUAAAAAUUAUACAUGAUAUUGUAGGUAUAUCAAGUCAUUAGUUUUAGCAAUUAUUUACUCAAAUGUAUUCAUGAAAAAUUCUCGCCACCAAUGUGAUCAACGAAACCAUUAACUGCCAUUAGUGCUACUAUUAUAAGAAAAAUAUUUUA